AUGUCCAAAGUUUCCACUCGCCUGAACGUGGCACCGGUCCCUCCGGACGAGAUCUUCGCCCUGAACGGUGCUUACUUCGCCGAUACACACCCUCAGAAAGUCAGCCUGGGCGUAGGCGUUUACCGAACUGACGACGGGAAGCCAUGGCCCCUACCUGUUGUGGAGAAGGCUGAGAAACAGUUAGUGGCGGAGAACGACCUGAUGCGUCACGAAUACACAACCAUUGAGGGCGACAUUCCCUUCAAUCUGGUCGCCCGGAACCUGAUGUUUGGCUUCGAAGCCGGAGACAAGCAGUCAGAGGAGAAAGCCCGCGUUGCCACCGUGCAAACCGUAGCCGGGACCGGCGCCAACCACCUGGGCGCCCUGUUUCUGGCCCACCACAUGAAGCCUCGCACCGUGUGGCUCUCCGACCCAUCCUGGGCCAACCACCAGACUAUCUGGGAUUUGGCCGGCGUCCCGCGCAAGACGUACCCAUACUACCAUGCCGAGACCCGUUUGCUGGACUUUGACGGCAUGAUGGCCACACUUGAGUCCGAGGCGCAGGAGGGCGAUGCGGUGCUGCUGCAUGCGUGCGCACACAACCCAACGGGUCUCGACCCCACCAAGGAGCAAUGGAUUGCGAUUGCCGAUCUCUGCGAGCGCAAGAAGCUGUUCCCAUUCUUCGACUCUGCGUACCAGGGAUUCGCGUCAGGGUCUCUCGAGGAGGAUGCGUGGGCAGUGCGCUACUUCUUCACCCACAAGCCUGACAUGGAGAUGUGUGUGGCUCAAUCCUUCUCAAAGAACUUCGGCCUGUACGGCCAGCGUGUCGGUGCUUUCCACUACGUGACCAACCGCAGCUCGACCGCUAUUCGGGAUGUCAUUGUCAACAACCUGUGCCAUCUCAUCCGUGGCGAGUUCUCCAUGGGCCCGCGCAUUGGUACGACCAUCGUUAAGAAGAUUCUGAAUGACGAGGAAUUGGUCGCCGAUUGGCACCGGGAUCUGGAGGUAAUGAGUUCGCGUAUCAAGUCUAUGCGCCAGGCGCUAUAUGACGAACUCGUUCGCCUGCAGACCCCGGGCACUUGGAAGCAUAUCGUUGAGCAGAAUGGUAUGUUUUCCUACACCGGACUUACUCCCAAGCAAGUCCACGCUCUGAAGGAAAAGUACCACAUCUACCUACUCCAGUCCGGUCGAGCAUCCAUCAGUGGCUUGAGCGAGAAGAACGUUGUUUACGUUGCACAAGCCAUUGAUGAUGUUGUUCGUAGUGAA